AGUUGCCUAUCCAGCUUACCAUAGUGGGACAAUCUAAAAAUGGUUGUUGAUUCCGUCCAGCCAUUGUAUGCAUUCCUCCGUUUUGCGGAUCAGGACAAAGUGCCAACAUUGAGUGAGGUGCUCCUGAGAUACACCAUUGUGAAGCAUGAGUAUGAAUCAUUGUAUAAGAAUGAUAGGGAUUCUUUGGAUAAGUACAUGGCAAUUGUCGAUCGUAGAAUGAAUGAUCUAGCCAAUGGGACAUACAUGAAUGCCGCGGCCGCUUUGAACCCCCGCACGCACUACGCGUAUGGCACAGGUCCAACCUUGUUCGAAGAUCUCCGUGAGGCAUUUGAGCGGCUGACUGAUGUUACUACUGCCGCGGAAGCACUUAUUGAGGCUGAAACGUAUCGGACAAAGUCUCUCUCAUUCUCAGGUCCUCUAGCUGCACGGAUGGCUUGUGACGGCAGGACUCAUCCGGGUACGAAGAUUUUUACAUAUCUAUCUGAGCCUCAUAUCACUAUACUUACUUUUCUGAGCCUCAUAUCACUAUACCUACUUGCAGCGCAAUGGUGGUCCAUGUUUGGUUCAUCUACACCUACACUAUCAAUGCUUGCUAGAUGCCUAGUGUCACAGUGCGCCUCAUCUAGUGGUUGUGAGAGGAACUGGAACUCGCCUUGCACUUGUUCCUGUCCUGCUCCUGCCGUCUCAUCCCAUACUGACCUCGCCUAUUUGCAGCAGCACCUCGCCGGCGUCGGGGGACGUCGCAACCUCCUCCCACCUCCCGCCAUCAUCAGAAAGGAAAAACUUGAAGCCUGA